AUGGUUACUUCGAAUCCUUAUUAUACACAGGUUAAUGGGCAAGUAGAAGCAGCGAAUAAGAUAUUGAUAGGCUUGAUUAAAAAGCAUAUCAGGAGUAAGCCUCGAACAUGGCAUGAGACUUUAAGCCAAGUAUUGUGGGCCUAUCGAAACUCACCAAGAGGUUCGACAGGAACUUCACCUUAUAAGUUGGUAUAUGGCCAUGAUGCGGUAUUACCAUUGGAAAUUAAUUUGAAUACUUUAAGAGUAUCGAAACAAAAUGAUUUGCUAGUUGAUGACUAUUGGAAUGUAAUGUUUGAUGAGUUGAACGAAUUAAAUUCAGAGCAAAUCUUGGCACUUGAGAAUAUAAUUCGACAGAAAGAAAGUGUUGCUCGAAGUUAUAAUCGUCGAAUUAAAGAAAAAUCUUUCAAGAUAGGUGAAUUGGUGUUGAAAGUUAUUUUACCGAUGGAAAAAAAAAUCAAGAUUUCUGGGUAA